AUGGAGGAGACGAAGGUGGAGGAAAAGGAACUCAACCAUGAGCUGGCAAAGAUUCAGGAGAGCAUGGCGGCACCAUCGUUGCUGGAGAUUCUGAGGCGUGGGGAGCUGUCAAUGGACGGAGAAAUAAGGGAGGAGGACAUUGUGUUCAUGGCGUGGAGGUCGGCAUUGGAGUCGGUGGUGGCCAAUGUUGAUGCGCUGAGAAUGAACACGACACUAAAAGUGGUGGAGAUACUCAAUCCAGCUCAAAGCGUCAGGUUCUUGGCCGCAGUUUCUCAGCUUCAGGUCCAGAUUAGGAGUUGGGGCUUGCAGAGAGAAGCUGAAGCGUGA